AUGGCCUCGUCUGUGAAAAUUGAAGGAUUGUUGGGUAUGUUGACGAUUCAACUUGGUGAGCACAAUUACGCCAAAUGGUCUUUUCAAUUCAAGUCUGUGUUAAAAGGGUACAAAUUGUUCGAUCAUUUUGAUGGCUCUGCCCCUUAUCCAUCGAAAUUUGUGGUUAGUGCAGAAACUGGGGUUACUAAAGAACUUACUAUUGCCUUUCAGGAUUCGGAGACCACAGAUUUGUCACUAUUAAGUUUGUUGAUAGCAACGCUGACUGAUGAUGAUAUAGAGUAUGUUAUAGGGUGUAAGACUGUUGCUGAAGCUUGGACAAAUCUUGAAGAAAGGUAUGCAUCUGUGUCUAGGACGGGUGUUAAUCAUUUGAAAACGGAAUUACAUAUAAUUCAGAAAGGUGGGGAUUCAAUGGAUAAAUACUUGUUAAAGAUCAAGUCAAUAAGGGAUCAGUUGAUGGCUGCUGGGAAUAUGUAUCAAAUAAUGAUGUGA